CCCCGUGGUUUAUGCACGAUCCAUUAUUUCGAGUGGGGUCGUCUCGCUUAGAUGUAGGGGCUGAACUAGUGUCCGAAAGAACAAACAAAGCCCUGCAGCUCGUGUAACGGAUGCAUUUGGCGCGAAAUUUGCACAGUCGACAAAACUUUAUCGGAGAAAAAAAAUCUGCGUCUCAGUAGGCUUGGAAUCAUUCUUCCUCUUAUUGAAAUUCUGGUUCUCGGCUAACACAAUCAGCCUAUGUACUGCGACUGACAAUGGACCAACAGCCGAAGGAAGUCCGCGAGUGGACAAUCGCCGUGAACGAUCCGGAACCGGGUGACCCCACGGACAACGCCAAGUUUCUCUACGUCACCAACCUGGACCCGCAAACCGACGACAUGGAGGUGUACUUUGCGUUCGCUCGCUUCGGCAACGUCCGGUCCUCGGCGGUGCAGCGGCACACGGUCGGAACGGGACCGGCCCGCGUGGUGCAGGCGAAGAUACUGUUUUUCGAUCCGGCCGCCACGGAUAUUGCGCUGGCCGAGAUGAACGGGCGCCCGUUCCGGGGACGACCGCUCAAGGUGUCGCUGCAGGCGCCGCCAGGCGUGCCGCAAUAAAUAAAGUUUCUUGAAAUAAAGUUAAUUUCUCAAACAAAACAAAGAAGAAUCUCAACCUAGCAGGCCAAGUUCAAACGCUGAA